UGGUAGUGGUGGUGGUGGUGGUGGUGGUGGUGGUGAGUGGUGGUGUUGGUGUUGUAGUACAGUGGAUGCUCUCGUAUCGGGUGUCCAGGAGGUAGCGAGCGGUCGCGACGGAGGUACAUAGCGCCACGAGGGAGGUGUUGUUGGGUGAGAUACACACGCGCGUCGCGCGCGUGCGAGGGUGCGGGAAGGGUGGAAGCGAAACUGCUCGGGCGAAGAGGGUGCGUUGCGCCCUGCGUAAACCAACGGAAGUGGUGCCGGGCUGAGAGGCCGGCGUGAUCGAGUGGUCCGCAGAGGCCGGAAACGAGGCGGAGGGAAAGGGUGAAUUUUUUCUCGCACGGGUGGCGAAGCAGCGCGGCAGCAGUGAGCGAAGCGGAGCGGAGUCGCGCGCGAGUGCGAGUGCGAGUACGAGUGUACGCGCGGAUAUGACGAGCGGAUACGCCCGGCGGUUCACGUAAUACGCAACGCAAUCGUCGUGCUCCGCCGCCGAAGAAGAUAUGUGGUCACGGAAGGAGCUUCAUAGCAGCCCAGUGCCGUAGCAUGCCGGCGAGCUGCAGCGCGUGGUGGUGCGUCUCUGAGACACCGCGUCGAUCGGCGUCGAUCGCCGCCAUCUGCGUGGCUAGGCACCAAUCCCUGGAGCGUCGUAGGAGAAAAAGAAGAACGUGUGAUCAUCGUCGUAGCACAGGAAGCACGGAGCUCGACACCAGCGACCGAUGAGCGCGGGGGGGGAUGGGGGCUCGGUCUUGGGCCCACCUGCUCGGCUGCCGGGGGCCCAGCCGAUUUCCGCGACCCCCUACAUCGCGAUCCCCCCCAACGCCGGCCAGCAACCUAACGUCGGUGGUGCGAUGGAUGCGACGCAGUUGGCGAACAUGCAGCCGCCGCCAUCGCAGAUGGGCCCCGGGGCCGCUGGCGCUGUCUCUAAAUCGGCCCAGAAGAAGCCCGUCAGACGGGGGGCCAAACCGCCACCUGAUAGACCCGUUCGGGCGCUCUUCUGUCUGGCCCUUACGAACCCUGUUAGGAAGCUGUGCAUCAAGGUCGUCGAGUGGAAAGCCUUUGAAUAUCUCAUCCUUAUGACGAUAUUUGCAAACUGCGUCGCGUUGGCUGUUUAUACGCCGUAUCCUUGUAGCGAUUCUAAUCUGACCAACCAAUAUUUGGAGAAGAUAGAGUACGUUUUUCUUGUGAUUUUUACGGUGGAGUGCGUGAUGAAGAUCAUAGCUUACGGCUUCGUCGCGCAUCCAGGAGCUUACCUCCGUAAUGGCUGGAACUUGCUGGAUUUCACGAUAGUCGUGAUCGGAAUGAUAAGCACGGUGUUGAUGUUACUUAUGAAGGAGGGUUUCGACGUCAAGGCCUUAAGAGCGUUUCGUGUUUUACGUCCUCUUAGGCUGGUUUCCGGUGUUCCAAGUCUUCAGGUGGUCCUAAACUCCAUUUUGAGGGCGAUGGUACCACUUUUGCAUAUUGCUUUAUUAGUUCUCUUCGUCAUCAUCAUUUACGCCAUCAUCGGCCUCGAGCUAUUCUCCGGGAAAAUGCACAAAACGUGCCGGCACAACAUAACCGACGAGAUAAUGGAAGAUCCGAUACCAUGCGGCUCCGGAGGCUUCCAGUGCUAUCAGAUCGGAUCCUACUACUGCAGCAAACAAUUUUGGGAGGGCCCUAAUUAUGGCAUUACAAAUUUCGACAAUUUUGGACUGUCCAUGCUCACGGUCUUCCAAUGCAUCACCCUCGAAGGCUGGACGGACGUGCUUUAUAAUAUCGAGGAUGCGAUGGGAAAUUCGUGGCAAUGGAUAUACUUCAUUUCAAUGGUCAUUCUAGGGGCUUUCUUCGUGAUGAAUCUAAUUCUCGGUGUGUUGUCCGGUGAAUUUUCUAAGGAGAGAGAGAAGGCAAAGGCGCGCGGUGACUUUCAUAAGCUCAGGGAGAAACAGCAGAUCGAAGACGAUCUUAGGGGUUACCUCGACUGGAUAACGCAAGCUGAGGACAUCGAGCCAGAAACUGAUGAGCCAAAAAUGUUACAAGAUGGAAAAACUAAGCAGCAAAAUGAAAUAGAAAGCACAGACCAAUUGGAGGGUGACGAGGAAGGAAUCCAACAAGAGUCCGUUUACAAAAAGAAAAAACGAGAUUUAGAAAGAGUGAACAGGCGGAUGCGAAGAGCCUGUAGAAAGGCUGUGAAGUCCCAGGUCUUCUAUUGGCUCAUCAUAGUUCUGGUCUUCUUGAAUACUGGCGUUCUCGCCACGGAGCACUACGAUCAGCCAGAAUGGUUGGACCACUUUCAAGAAAUCACGAACAUGUUCUUCAUUGUGCUGUUCUCCAUGGAGAUGAUAUUAAAAAUGUACAGUUUAGGCUUUCAGGGUUAUUUCGUCUCGUUGUUUAAUCGUUUCGAUUGCUUCGUCGUAAUCGGUUCGAUCACCGAAAUGAUACUUACAAAUACACGUGUAAUGCCACCUCUUGGCGUUUCCGUACUUCGUUGCGUCCGGCUGCUCAGGGUAUUCAAAGUAACGAAAUAUUGGAGAUCACUGUCGAAUUUAGUGGCCUCUUUAUUGAACUCGAUACAAUCGAUUGCCUCGUUGUUGCUCCUGCUUUUCCUUUUCAUCGUAAUCUUUGCUCUUCUGGGCAUGCAGGUCUUCGGUGGAAAAUUCAAUUUCAGUGAUAAUGAGGAGAAGACGCGCCAUAAUUUUGAUAGCUUUUGGCAAAGUUUACUCACCGUAUUUCAGAUAUUAACCGGUGAGGAUUGGAAUGCUGUGAUGUACAUCGGGAUUCUAGCUUAUGGUGGCGUCGCCGGUAUCGGUGUACUCGCCUGUGUUUAUUUCAUUAUUCUCUUCAUAUGCGGUAAUUAUAUCCUCUUGAACGUGUUCUUGGCUAUCGCUGUCGACAAUCUCGCCGAUGCCGAGUCCCUGACUGCCAUCGAAAAGGAGGCCGAGGAAGAGGAGAAAAAUAAAUCUCGCAGCGGUUCGCCGGCAAGGGACGAAGUCAGCGGCGAAGUUGGUGAUGAUGGUGGUGAGGGGACCGGUGGAGAAGACGAGGGCGCCGGCACAGAUCUCGAACAUGAUCCUAACGAGACAAUGGAGGACUAUGAGGCUGCACUCGAUACCGAAACGUCAGAGAAAAGUGAAGAUAUGAAUACGCAUAAAGUGCGACUCAACGUUGAGUCCGACGAAGAAAUGGAAGAAGAGGAAGAAGAGGAAGACGAGCCAGAAGAAAUGCAAGGUGAGGAGCAGGAAGUGACAGCUAGACCGCGAAGAAUGUCCGAGUACAAUACGACCACCAAGAAGGAACCUAUCCCGGCUGGUUCGGCAUUCUUUAUUUUUUCAAGCACUAAUAGGUUUCGCGUGUUCUGCCAUUGGUUCUGCAAUCAUAGUUAUUUCAGCAACGUGAUAUUGAUUUGCAUUAUGAUUUCCUCUGCCAUGUUGGCCGCCGAAGACCCACUGAGAACCUCGUCUGAGAGAAAUCUGAUAUUGAACUACUUUGACUAUUUCUUCACUGCUGUUUUCACGAUCGAAAUCUGCCUUAAAAUGAUCUCGUACGGCUUCAUUAUCCAUGAAGGCGCGUUUUGUCGAUCAGCUUUCAAUCUGCUCGAUCUUCUCGUCGUUUGCGCUUCUCUCGUUUCCAUGACAGUCAAAGCUGGUGCAUUUUCUUUCAUCAAAGUACUCCGAGUGCUCCGUGUACUGAGGCCGCUACGUGCUAUCAAUCGCGCUAAGGGAUUAAAGCACGUAGUACAGUGCGUCAUCGUAGCGGUAAAGACUAUCGGAAACAUAGUCCUCGUCACCAGCCUCCUGCAGUUCGUGUUCGCCGUCAUUGGCGUACAGCUCUUUAAGGGCAAGUUUUUCUUUUGUACCGAUGCAUCGAAAAUGACGGAGGACGAGUGUCAGGGUACUUAUUUGGAAUUCGAAAACAGUAAUAUUGACAAGCCGAUCGUAAAACAUAGAGAGUGGCAACAACAUCGUUUUCAUUUUGAUAAUGUUGCCAAGGCGAUGUUGACCCUCUUUACAGUCUCGACUUUCGAAGGUUGGCCAUCACUGUUAGAAUGGUCAAUCGACUCGAACCAAGAAAAACAUGGACCAAUUCAUAACUUUCGGCCAAUAGUGGCCGCCUACUACAUCAUCUACAUCAUUAUUAUCGCGUUCUUCAUGGUGAACAUCUUCGUCGGUUUCGUUAUUGUCACCUUCCAGAACGAGGGCGAGCAAGAGUACAAAAACUGCGAGCUCGAUAAAAAUCAGAGAAAUUGCAUCGAGUUCGCGCUGAAAGCUAAGCCAGUGCGUCGAUAUAUACCGAAGCAUCGAAUACAAUACAAAGUCUGGUGGUUCGUCACCUCCCAACCGUUCGAGUAUACAAUAUUCACGUUAAUUAUGAUCAACACUGUGACACUCGCAAUGAAAUUUUAUCGACAACCGCAGAUCUACACGGAUGUCCUGGAUGUUCUCAAUAUGAUCUUCACCGCUGUGUUCGCCCUCGAGUUUGUGUUUAAGUUGGCCGCAUUUCGAUUUAAGAAUUACUUCGGCGAUGCGUGGAACGUAUUUGACUUUGUUAUCGUGCUCGGAAGUUUCAUCGAUAUCGUUUAUUCGGAAGUUAAACCCGGAUCCAGCAUUAUUUCCAUUAAUUUCUUUAGACUGUUUCGUGUAAUGAGAUUGGUUAAGUUAUUGAGCAGAGGGGAGGGCAUCCGAACACUUUUAUGGACAUUUAUCAAGUCUUUUCAGGCUCUGCCCUAUGUCGCUCUUCUCAUUAUAAUGCUCUUUUUCAUUUACGCUGUGAUAGGCAUGCAGGUCUUCGGAAAGAUCGCGAUAGACGACGAUACAGCGAUAAAUCGCAAUAACAAUUUCCAAUCCUUUCCGCAAGCCGUAUUGGUUUUGUUUAGAUCAGCAACAGGUGAGGCGUGGCAAGAAAUAAUGAUGGAUUGUUCGUCGCAAGCAAGUGUCAAAUGUGAUUCUAACAGCGACGAGCUCGACAAGGACAGCUGCGGGUCGGACAUUGCAUUUCCUUACUUCAUAUCCUUUUAUGUUCUCUGUUCAUUUCUCAUCAUUAAUCUUUUCGUCGCCGUUAUUAUGGACAAUUUCGACUACUUAACGAGAGACUGGUCGAUUCUCGGACCGCACCACUUGGACGAGUUUAUUCGCCUGUGGUCCGAGUAUGAUCCCGACGCUAAGGGUCGAAUUAAACAUCUCGACGUGGUAACGUUACUAAGGAAAAUAUCGCCACCUUUGGGUUUCGGAAAGUUGUGUCCACAUAGGGUAGCUUGCAAGAGACUCGUCUCAAUGAACAUGCCGCUGAACAGUGACGGCACUGUAUUGUUCAACGCGACUUUAUUUGCCGUCGUGAGGACUUCACUAAGGAUAAAAACGGAGGGCAACAUUGACGAUGCAAAUGCCGAACUCAGGGCGGUAAUCAAAAAGAUCUGGAAGAGAACUAGUCCAAAGCUUUUAGAUCAAGUUGUACCACCACCUGGAGUGGACGACGAGGUGACGGUCGGCAAAUUUUACGCGACCUUCCUCAUUCAGGACUAUUUCCGUCGAUUCAAGAAACGUAAAGAACAGGAAAUGAAGGACGGUGAUAGAGAUUGUCACAACACUGUGACUCUUCAAGCCGGGUUGAGAACGUUACACGAAGCUGGCCCUGAAUUGAAACGCGCGAUUUCCGGUAAUUUAGAAGAACUUCUCGACGACAAUCCGGAACCUAUGCACAGGAGAAAUCACUCGCUCUUUGGCAGCGUAUGGUCCAGCAUGCGAAAAGGACAUCACUUUCAUAGAGCGAAAUCGCUGAAGGUUAAUUCUACCGCUGCGAAGGCUUCUCCGACCAAUUCCAUAGAUUUUCUACCGUAUGCCUCGUUACGGAGAACCGCCGUCACGGAUGUCACCAGACAAAUCGCUCAGCAAAUUGUGCCAAAUAUAGCAGGUGGUUUAAGCGACGGCGCGAUGAACCAGUUGGGAACUGAUUUGCGACUGGCAGUCGAAGAGAAUAUACCUCUAAGACCACUCGCUGUCUUCGGUAAUCCGGCGCAACAAACGUCUUACAAAGUGGUCGAUGGAUCGGGUAGCGGUAACUAUCUCCAUCCCAAUAGCGAAUAUGUUUCCUGGGCCAAAGAGAGUAAUGGAAGCGUCGGCGCAGAGCGCCUGUCCCACAGUAUGCCCGGCAGUCCUGCGGACCGGAAGCCGAACUUUGAGGUCAUUGGAAGCGCGGAGAGCCUCGUUGGACGAGUCCUGGUGGAACAAGGUCUGGGCAAAUUCUGUGAUCCGGAUUUCGUACGAUACACGUCGCGUGAGAUGCAAGAGGCGUUGGACAUGACGCGCGAGGAGAUGGAUCAAGCAGCUCACCAGUUACUCCUUCAGGAGCGACGUGGUCAGCCGUUGACCUAUGAGUUACAGCAGGGCGCGGAGCAGCAACAGCUGCAGCCGUGGAGCACCCAGCAACAGACCACGACCGGCAUCGGUUAUCAACCGUUACAGGAACAGCCACCGAGUCAGCCGGUCUAUCGCCAGCUGCACUCUUCCAGCUACCGUCGCAGUAGUAACCGACAACAACAGCAACAGCGACAAUCGCCGUCCUAGCAGGACGAGAAGCUCGCUGCGACGCGAACAUCGUCCACGUAACCCGAAAAUUCUUACUCCCCCUCAUUGGGAGUAGUCGCCGAAAUACCGAGAUCGCCAGUUAACAUGAAGUAACUGCGAAGAAUCAUCGUGACCUCUUCAUCAGGAUCUGAAUCAAUCGCGUGAGUUCGAUGGAUUCAGACUGCACGGGGUUUAAUCGCCGUUGUUGUUGUUGUUGCUCGAAAAGCACUGAGGACGCUUUAUAAACUGUUCCGAAUAUGUAUAGUUGUAGUUAGGUGCGGAUUGAGAGAUGUCACUCGACAAAACGCUGGUUUAAUCUAAGGAAAAGCGGGCCAAAAUCGUGACGAAAGGCGGCCGCUCAAUGUCGAGAUGUUCAUCCCGUGAUGAACACCAAUGAACGCGUAUUUUCGUUCGAGCAAAUAUUUUCUAACCGAACGCGCGUGUUUAUCCGACAUUUUUGAGUCAUGCGAAUCGCUCGUUAACUUGACAUGAUAUCUCGGACGAGAUGCGUGCGAGUUAUAAUAGAGCAAAGCAAGUUGCUGUUCGUUUAGGCACAAGAAUAUGUAGACUUUUAAGAUGUAUUUUCGCCGCGAUGGAUGAUCGGAAUGAUCUAAGGAAUCAUCACGGCGCGGAGCUUCAUUUUUUGAAUGUCGAACAAUCGCGAGAUUAAAAUCGACGGAAUAUCCCGGGACUUGGGACUCCCGACGGGAUUGAGUUUAUUUCUCUAGUAACAAUCUUGUAGAAAUUUGCCGUUGUUUUGAUUUAACAUUAAUCUCCGUUUUUGGUUCGAUUCUUUCUGAUCAUGGGAGAUACGGCGAACGCCGCGUGUACUCCACAUACAGAAAAUAGACGAAUUAAAAUGAAAGUAAUAGGAAAUAUUGUUCUACGAAACUUCUCAUGGAUUUUAGUGAUUGAUUAAAAAAUUCUUAAAAUAAUAUAAAUUUAAAUAGUAAUUUUUAUAUAAUUUAAUCUAUAUAAAAAGCGCCUGGAAAUAAUAAAUUAGAAAUUGAGAAAGUAAAUUCCUCUCUCAGGAUUAAAAGAUAUAAUAUUAAAAUAAAUUUCGUAUCAGUAUUAAAAAGAGAAAUACAAAAGAGAAAUCGAAACAUCUGAAAUUAUGAAUAUUUAAAACUUCUCAUGUUAAAGAUUAAGUCAAAUCUUAUAAAAAUAAAUUUUUCUCAAUUAUCUUAAUUCGUCUAUUUUUACAGCGAUCUAAUGUUUUCUUUUUCAAAAACUCAUCUAUUUUAACUUUUUACGAUGCUUCAUAGAAUAUUUAUUAUUAUCUUAUAAGAGUAUUCUGACGUAAUAACUUUUUAUCUCACUAUAAUUUCCUAUUGGACAGUAAAAAAAAUCUCUCUUCUAUACAGACAGGUAAGCAACGCGAAGAAGUUAAAUAAAAGUGUUAAAAUAAAAUUCGAAUCGUAAAGAGUUAAGAUAGGAUGAAAAACACGUCGGCGGAUGAUCGCUCUUGUUGUUCUCAUUAUUGAUUACUCUCGUUAUCCUUAUUCCGAUGAUUACCGGUUACUAGCACGAUAAUUACAACUCAUGAUUCAUGCGUAUAUGGAUUCUAGACGAGAUAACAAGUGCCUAAGUAUCUAUAACUUCUCUUGGACCAGAGAAAGACUUUUAUCAACUUAGACAAAGUAAACGAUUAUUAUUGCGAAUUAUUAUUGCGCGAGAAGAGGGAGCUGCGAAUCGAGUGUGUUGUACACUAUUGAUGACAUGUUGUGACGAUAUAUAGAUAUUAUUCGUAUUUGUAAUUGUGUACAUAACACCGUUGUGCGCGUAUAUUUCCGCUGAGAUGCGUGAGGAUGAAUGGCCGAUAAACUAGCGCUGCGAGAGAUUCGAGAUUAUUAUAUUAAUAUAUAUAUAUAUAUAAAUAUAUAUCUCUAGAUGGCAAUCUCUAUACAAAACGAGAAUAGCGGGGCGAGGGUGUAAUAGGAACGGGGUAAAUAGAUGGGACGUACACGGAUCUUUUUCCUCUUGAAGAAAUAAUAUGGUCACGCGAUAUAUGAUUUUUAUUAUGUAAAAUGUAAACUCGGAUGUGAUGACGAUCGAACAUCAAGAUCUGAAUCACGAAUCUCUUUCUCUCUCUCUCUCUCUCUCUCUCUCUCUCUCUCUCUCUUUCAAUUCACGAUUACACCCCUUCAAGCAUGCUCAACAAUACGGAGAGCUUUUUAAAAAGCCACUUCAUAGAUAUUCCGACAUUCUCAUCUCCGGGGGACUCGCGCCAUUUACGAGAGAUUUACCGGUAAUUUUUAAUUAACCACGAGCUAACUGAAAAGUUUCACUCCAAUCAGCUAACGUUUGACCUCGAAAAUAUUCUGUUAUAUUGUGAGAAAUUAAUGAUAGUAAUCAUAGUUCGCUAGCUUUACAGAAAAUUUAUAACGUUGAGCGAAAGUCGUAAUUAAAGGACCAAUUAAAGACGGAAUUAAAUCAAUCGAAAUAAAAAUCAUAAAACGAUUUAAAAUUAAUCGGCUUUUAAUAUAUAAUAAUGAAAUGUAUAUUAAAUGUAAUAUUAUAAUAAUUUUACGGAAUAAUUGUAAGUAAUGUAUUACAACAGAAUACAAGCGAAAAAUUGCUCUAGAUAACUUAUCGCGCCUUUAUGCGAAAUUUUUGGAAUAAAUUGUUUGGAAAUAGCGCGAGUCCUCUCUUUCAUGCAUAAAGAGUUCACUCGUAAAUGAAUGCAGCCGACAGAGAACCGCAGCAGCCGCAGCAAUGCAAUCUCCGAUUACAACAAAUAGAAAUCGCGUUAUUGAUGUAUAUCAUUCGAGUGAGUUUGAGAUACGCAGAAACGUGAGAUUGAAAACCGGAGGGUGCAUGGACACUGAAGCUAACUAUAUAAAUGUUAACUUAUAGACGUUGACAAAUUUUUAAGCUCUCGUAAAUUUUAUAAGUACUCGUCAAUCGGCGUGGUUCUGGAGAUUUGUUGCGUAAUGCUUCAAUUUUUCCCAUUUGUAUACUAUGUCGAACCGAAAAAAGAAAGAAUGCAACGUGGAGAGAACGUGUAGAACUAAUUAGAAUUCUAAUGUUUAAUGGAAGAGACCUCAGAUCAGAGUUUCGUCGAUUUAGGGCGAAUGCUAGGCGAUU